AUGGCACAGUUUGUCAGAGUCCCCAUGGAUAAUUCGUCUUCCCUCUCUGUCCAGGAAAAUAAAAGUCAGGUUCUUGUCUUCCUUGCUCUGAAUGUGAGAAUUACACAUCCUUUGCCAACUUCUUACUUCAUCUCCAAACCUCUGAAUGUCAGAUAUGGCAUUACCCUCUAUAUGGAGAAGAACCGAAAUCAGUUUCCACUGCUAACAACGAAGAGGGUGUUCUGGAAAGGAGUGCUGGAGGAGUUGCUGUGGUUCAUCAAGGGUUCUACAAAUGCCAAAGAGCUCUCUGCAAAGGGUGUGAAGAUUUGGGAUGCUAAUGGAUCACGUGAGUUCCUGGAUAAGCAGGGUUUCUGCACCAGAGAGGAGGGGGAUUUGGGACCAGUUUAUGGUUUCCAGUGGAGGCACUUUGGAGCAGAAUACAAAGAUAUGCACACAGAUUACUCCAACCAAGGAGUUGAUCAGUUGCAAAAAGUGAUUGAAACGAUCAAAACCAAUCCAGAUGACAGAAGAAUCAUUAUGUGUGCUUGGAAUCCUAAAGAUAUUUCUCUGAUGGCUCUGCCUCCAUGCCAUGCCCUUUGCCAGUUCUAUGUUCUGAAUGGUGAAUUGUCUUGCCAACUCUAUCAGAGGUCUGGAGAUAUGGGACUAGGAGUGCCUUUCAAUAUUGCCAGCUAUUCACUGCUCACAUACAUGAUUGCCCAUGUCACAGGGCUAAAGCCUGGGGAGUUCAUACACACCUUGGGAGAUGCUCACAUAUAUCUGAAUCAUGUGGAACCUCUAAAAGUUCAACUUCAGAGGGAACCAAGACCUUUCCCCAAACUCAGAAUUCUUCGCAAGGUUGAAGACAUCAGUGACUUUAAGGCAGAAGACUUUCAGAUUGAAGAUUAUAAUCCUCAUCCACCUAUUAAAAUGGAGAUGGCUGUUUAAUGCUAUAAACCAGCUGCUUUUAAUGUGAAAAUGUACCUAAGCUACUUAGCUUUCUCUGUACUUAAAGUU